AUGCCUUACACGCCUCCCUCCCAGCGAUCUCCUGCAUCGUCAAACCCAAACAGCCCUGUCAUCAGUCGGACUCAGUCCUACAAUGCCUCUGACCUGUCGGCGUCUGUAGCCGCAAGCUCCAGCCCGGGCACACACCUAGGCUCCUCCUCCUCCUCGUCUAGACCUGCCCUUCCUCGAUCGCUAUCCUCAACCUCAUACCUGAACAAGCAUCGGAGAACGCCUUCUCUGCCUCAGAACAUACCGGCUGCCGUUCAGGAGCAUGCGCGAACAUCGCUUUCCGUCCCUCCCCGAGGCUCUCCGCAGAAUGGCAGCGUUCGCCAGUCUCCUCCGCCUGUCAAUAAUCUGACCAUCCCGUCCGGCGCCAUUACCACACCACCCGACUCGGCACAAGGUUCUGAUGAUGAUGACGAGAGGGGUCGCCAGUGGGGCAACCUUGCUGAGCUCCAGGAGGCCCUGUCGUCGAUUGAAGUCCGACGAGACGCAUCGCCAAGACGUGAUGCCGAUAGCCCGGCUGCUGCGCCUCUCCUUUGCACUCCCCAGCGAUCUUUGACGCCCGAGGCCCGCAAGAUUUCACACUCACGCUCGUCCAGCGACGUCCACCUGUCCAAACACUCGUCUGCAAUCGCCGAAUCGCCAGACAACACCUCGGACAGCGAGCUCGAUGACGAUGAGCUGCGGAUAAAACCGCCUCUACUGAGGAAGAAGUCGGGCGAGCUCGUCAAGCCUGCCCUCCGUCCCUCGUCUCGCAGACGUCCCUCGAGCAUGCCUGGAACCCCAACCUUUUCCAAGGCUGUCCACUUCAACGACAACAUCGAGCAGGUACGCCACUUCCUCCAGGUCGACAAACCAUCUGCAGUCAGCGCUGGUUCGUCACCGGUCGAGACUGCCUACGACAGCGAGUCCGAGUAUCCCUUUGAGGGCCACUCCUCGUCCAAGAAGCUGGAGUGGGAGAUCCGCCUGGCCAACUUCCCGCGCGAGACGUUUGAACGCAAGACGCUGCCCGUCCGCGUAGAGCGCAUCUUCCUGUCUGCCGACACAAAGACCCUCAUCGGUACUGUCGCAGUCGCCAACAUCGCCUUCCACAAGUCCGUCACCGCCCGCUUCACUCUCGACUACUGGAAGACUACCUCCGAGGUCGUGGCCGAAUACAACAACGAUGUGCGCAAGAAGCAAGUCAAUGACGGCUACGAUCGAUUCAACUUCAACAUCAAGCUUGUCGAUCAGGCAAACCUCGAGUCCAAGACUCUCUUGCUCUGCGUUCGCUACAACGUCGACGGCCAAGAGCACUGGGACAACAACUCAAACAUGAACUACCAGGUCGACUUCAUCAAGAAGAUUAGGCAAAAGGCGCUGGCCAAAUCAGCUGGUGGCUCCCCCGGUGGCUCCAUGGGCGCCAUCCCUCGCAGCCGUCACUCGCCCCCGUCUGCCCGCCCGCGAUCCUUCCCCUCCCGCUCCUCCUUUGAGGACGACUUUGGCCACGGCUUCGAUCCAAAGUUCCAGUUUGGCGCCCCGAAGCCGUUCAUCGGCGACUCGCCAAACAACUCGAUCAAGCUGAAGCCAAAGAGUAAGCGGCCCAGCAUCUUCCCCGACCCGUCGUCAUCAUCAUCAUCUUCUUCCGGUCGUCCCUCACGAGGUGGUGGGCAGGCCUUCUCCACCCGCUACGACUUUGGGGCCUCGUUGAGCGCCGCCCUCACCAAUGCCCAAAAUGCACUUGGUGAGCGUAGCGGUAUCAUGCCCAAACUGCCUCACCUUGAAUCAACCGCCCAGGAUGUGUCUGCUGUCAAGGCUAAUGAUAAUCUGUCUGUCCCUGUAGCCGCCUCGGCCUCGUCCUCCAACACGGCCGAGAAGCCUGGCCUGCAAUCGGCCGAGUACAAUGAACUGAUACAGAAAUUUUGCUUCUUUGGCUCUGGCUCCAGCUCUGGAAAAGACUCGCCUCUCCCGACUUCGACCCCGCAGGAGCAGACCGACGGAAACGACUCGGACCACAGCGAGGCCAGCGGCCAGACGUCGGGAUCCAACAGUCCUGCCACUCCCAUCUCGGACCUGUCUCGUCUCUUUGACGGUGCCGACGACCGCCCUUGCAAGAGCCCAACACACUUUCUGUCGCGCUCGUCUUCGCCAGGCCCCUUUACCGGCUCUGACAUUGGCGACCCGACACAAUCGCACAUGAACUUUGGCUACCCAUACAACCACUCCAACGUGCAUGGGAGCAUCCUUGGCGACUCCCACACGCCCCAACCCAUCCUCGGCUGA